AUGUCUGCCUCUGGUCCAGCUCCGGAUCCAGCUUCGGGUCCUUCUGUUCCACCCGCGCCUGAUGUGACUGCGAUGAAUCCUGAGCGGGUUCAGAUGCUCGCUGAGGCUCCUCGAGAGAAGUCUCCCAAGCCGCCCCUUCAUAUCAAGAGAGAGGGGUCUUUGGCUCCUUUCAAGGUCACAGGCGCUAAUGGAGAUGCCUUGGGUGACUGGUCUAACCGUUCCUCCCGGGGCUCUCAGAAAUCUGAUGGAGGUUCCUUCAAACGGUCCAUCAGCGAGCUCAUGAUGGAAGCCAAGGAGAAGCGUGUGAAGCAGGACAAGAAGCCAAGAAUCACUCCCGCAGCAAAGUACUACACCGAUGUUCAUCCCCUUGGUCUUGCUCCUAUGCCAGACGACUCCACUCAGUACCUGACUUCACUCUUGCGAAACCGAAACUUGACCCUCUGCUUGCAGGCCGCUCCUACCAAGAAGAAUGAUGCACCUGGCAAACCUAAGACAUAUACCUUUCUCAUCUCCGAUGCUGGAAUGGUCCAGCAUGAGAGACUGUCCAUGCUGGGCCAUACUCGAGCUCUCCCUCUGUCCCUUCAUGAUCAGGACAUCUCUUCUUCAGACGGUGCCAUUAACCGCACCGUGAUUGGCGAGUUGCUUGAGGAUGUUUGGCCUAGACUGACAAAGAGUGACAAGUAUAUGUACGCCAGGCAACUCCGCAACCUCCUCCACAAGAUGCGGGUAGAGAGCAUGCAGAAGCCAAAUUUUCCCCUAGGAUCUAUCGAGUCAGGAACUUACACCUUGCUUCAGGACAAGCAUCCUGACCAUACCUACUACGCAAUUCGUCCAAGCCCCAACCAGAAGCAGUUCAUGGCACUUCUCAUGUCAACUUUGUAUGAGUCGGUGCCCAAGGCUGUGUCCAAGGCCUUGAUCUCUCAAUUUCGGGUUGACUAUCCUUCAGUGCUCACCCAUGGGGCCUUGUGCCCCAAGAACAUUGUUGUCUCCAACAACCUUAUCAGCUGGAUCCUUGGUUGGGACUGUGCAGGACAGUAUCCAGUUUGGUGGGAGUACGCGCGGUUCUUCGAGGCGAGAACUUCCGAGGCGAACAGUGACUGGUACAGUUACGCAGCUGAGAUCUUUGACGAGGAGUUCCCGGCUGAGUUGGCGGCCUACCAAGGAAUUGCGAGAUGUCAGCAGCCCUGA